AUGGGUGUUGUCUAUCUUGACUCCAGCAAGGUCUUCAACACUUUCUCUCACAACAUCCCACAGGCGGGCUCAGGAAGUGACCUUGUGCCUUUGCACCCGCUGGCGCUGCUGCUGCGGGAUGACGGGGUGCGAAACCUGCGGUCGCUGCGGAUGCUACCAGCAGCUGCUCGCCUCAGGAAGAUUCACACCCACAACGCUCAAAACCGAAUAGACCUGAAGGUGUCUUGGCCAGUGGAGAGCUUCUGUGAGCUGAAAACGAGGUUUUCUGAGAGCUGCGGCCAGGGGCCUCUGGCAGCCCACAGCACCAUGGGCUCCACCGGGGGACUAUGCCACCCGCUGCCGCCGGCUGCAGCCCAGGCCAUGGCUGGACCCGGUGUGGUGCUGGUGCUCCACAUCCUGCUCAGCUUUCUGCCUCGGGGCAUCACCAUCAUAAAGUGCUCCGGACACGUGUGGAUAGAGCCCGCUCCGGUGGUGCCCAUGGGCGGCAACAUCUCCAUAAACUGCCUCUCCACCCUCCGCUGCCAGCGGGCUGCCUACUCCAUCCUCCUCAACUACACGCCGGCCGCCGGCGUCCUGCGUCCCGUGAACAGCACCACCUUCCAGCUCCAGCUGCAGGACCUGCGCGUGCCCAACUGGAUCGUCACCUGCGUGGCCAGGUGUCCUAACAGCAAAAACAAGGAGCUGGUGUGCGGCACCCAAGUCCUGGCUGGGUACCCGCCGGAGAGCCCGAGCAACCUCAGCUGCGCCGUGCACGAGCACUCGGAGCAGCUGGCGUGCACGUGGGACGCGGGCAAGCCCACCCACCUGCCCACCCGCUACGCCCUCCACCUGCGGAGCGUGCAGACGGAGGAGGAGGCUGUGUUUGCUGUGGGGCCGGCCCUCGCUGUGCCACUGAGCGCUCUGCGCGGCGGCAGCCGCUACUCCGCGUGGCUGCAGGCCAGCAACGAGCUGGGCACGGCCCGCUCGCCCCAGCACCACCUUGACCUGCAGCGGCUAGUCAUCCCUGCUCUCCCGGUCAUCACCGGCGUGGAGACGACGGAGGCCUCACUUCCGGACACCAUCAUCCACUGGAAGAAGCAGACACGGAAGGAGAACGUGCACUGCGAGGAGCGAUACCGAGCAGCGGGAGCCCCGGCGUGGCACGUGCAGGUGUGGGCCGGGGGGCCGGGGCCCCGCACACACUACGCCCUGGACAGCGACACCCGCUACGAGUUCCAGGUGAGGUGCCAGCUGAGCCCCGCCAGCAGCCCCUGGAGUGCCUGGAGCAGCCCCUUCCUCUACACCACCCCCGAGGCGGCCCCCGCUGCGGUGCCCGACGUGUGGCGGCGCCUGGGCCCGGCCUUCCCGAACGGCAGCCACGAGGUGACAGUCUUGAUCAAGCCACUGCCGCCCCGUGCUGCCCGCGGGAGGAUCCUGGGCUACGCCGUGUCCGGGCAGAGCCGGGGAGCAGCGCUCGCCCUCUGCAACGCCUCCACCACCGCCUGCCGCCUCCUGGUGCCGCCGGGCGUCCGCGCUCUGUACGUGACUGCCUACAACUCCAAGGGCGCCUCCGGCCCCGCCAGCGUCGCCGUCACCCGCCGCCUCGCCGGGGACGAAGAAUUCCCAGCCCCUGCUGCCGUGAAGGUCCGGCGCGAGGAUCAGAGCCAGGUGGCCGUGACAUGGCAGCGCCCGCGGCACAGCGCGAAGCCCCUGCUGUGGUUCAUCCUGGAGUGUCUGUCUGCAGCUCGGUAUAGCCAGGAGCACCAAUUUUUUUGGAAGAAAGUCCCAAAGGAGGACACACUUGCAUACAUCCAGGAAGAGGCAGCAGCGGGAAGCCAUAUCAAUGUGUCGGUAUACGCAGUCUACCCAGAUGGUGUAAGCAAACCGUGCUCUGGCCAAGUCUUUCCAGAGGAACAGUUCCUGGACAGCACCUACAGUCAGAUUUCCUACGAUGAUGACAUUGGAGUUUUUUGGGGGCUGGGUGUCAGUGUGAUCAUAUUAUCAGUUGUUUUCGUAAUUCUGAUGUUUAAAAGGUCAGCUAGAAAGAGGAUUAACACAAUAAUUAUGUCGCUAAUGCCAAAGUGGCUGCUUGAAGAUUUUCCCCACGUGGAAAACAGCAAUGUGAUAAAGUCAUUCCAGGAAAAGAGUGAAUUCACAUGUAACAGCUUCAGUGAACCAUUCUUGGAUAACAGUGAUCCCACAAUUACAGAAAUAGAGGAGAUGUUGGUGCAUGAGGAAUACACGAUUGUGGAUAUCAGAAAGAAACACAGCAAAGCGGUCCCUGAGAAGGCGGCAUGCCUGCAGAGCUCCGUGCCAGCCAGCGGCACAGCCACUGAACUGAUCAGUGACUACAAGCCUCAGCUUUCUGAUGGGAACCCACUGGGAUAUGUAGCUGCCAACAUUUACCAAACACAGCCCCACACACUGGCUCCAGAACCAGAGACUAAUGUUUUCUUCAGGGAUUAUACGAGUCCCAUUACUUACUUGUGGAAUGCUGAAGGAACAGGGCAGCAUGCUUUUCUGCUGGAAAAGAUUAAUCUAAUUUUAAAUAACAAUAGGAGUGGGCAAAGUAAUGCAUUUGACUCCACACAGGAAGAACAAAAUACCCUUUUGGAAAACCAGUGGGAAAACACACUGUCUAGUGAAAAUGCUCAAGAACAAACAUUGGUCCCAGAUGAGUUGGUCUCUUGCUUGAGAACAAUGAAUGAAGAAUCUAUGGAUAUAAAGAUCUGUUUUCCACAAAGCAUUGGAAGAUUAUUUUGCGAAAACUUACAAUUGUGA